AUGCCCCAUCCGAUGCUUCGCAUCGUGGCUUUGUCUGGCAAUGUCGUCGCCACGCUCGAUGCAGAAGAACUUCAGCGAAUUGCCUCCUCCGCGGAGGAUUUCGUGCAGGCGAUCAAGGACUUCCUGAGACCUCUCCUCAAGGCAACGACCUUCCAACAGCGGCUGCUCUCUGUGCCUGGGGCUUCUGCUGAAACUCUACAGGUCUUGGUGUUACCGCACUGUCAGGACCACGCGGCCCAGCUUUGUGCCGCAGCUGCGCAGGGCGAAGUAAGCGAGGUGCGGCGCCUCCUGGAGCUGCCGCAGGAUCCCAAUGUGGGGCCUUCGGAUGGGCGAUCUCCUCUGCUCCACGCGGCUUCACACGGCCAUCUGGAGGUCCUUCGCUGCCUAGUCGAGGCCAGUGCCAACCUGGACCAGGCAGAUUCCGUCGGAAACACUCCCUUGGUGAGUGCCGCCGCAGAGGGCCACCUGGAUGUGGUGAAGUUCCUUCUUGAAGGGGGGGCAAGCAAAGAAAUGAUGAAUGCUGCAGAUGCUAGCCCGCUCCGGAUUGCAGCUGGGGCAGGCAACGUGGAGGUCGUGCGUUGCUUGGUGGAGACCAGGGCAGACGUGAACCGAUGCGAUGUGGAAGGUGUAACUCCUGUGAUGGCGGCCGCGAUGCGAAACAACACCGAUAUCAUGGGCUGUCUGCUUGCUGCCCGGGCCGACGUGAAUCGAAGUGAUGCAGAGGGUGUGACUCCUCUGCUGGCUGCUGUGGUACGUGACAACCUCGAGGCAGUACACUUUCUGGUGCAGGCGGGUGCAGACAAAGAGACGAUGGACUCUACCAGGCUCACGCCUCUGCUGAUUGCUGUUGCAAAAAGAGAUGCGGCGAUGGUGCAGUGCUUGAUCAACGCAGCGGCAGACGUCGACAGGCCUGAUGGCCAUGGUAUCACUCCUCUGUGGGUUGCAGCAGCACGUGGCGAAGUCGAGAUUGUCGAGUGUCUCAUCCGUGGUGGUGCGGACAAGGACAAGAAGGACGCACCGGAAGGAGUAACUCCCUUAUGGGCAGCCGCUGCACGUGGUAACAUCGAGGUGGUUCGGUGCCUGGUGGAAGCAGGAGCGGCAAAGGAGGAGGCAGAUUGUCAUGGCGGUACGCCUCUCUGUGCUGCUGCAGCCGAAGGCCAUGUCCCUGUCAUCGAGUAUUUGAUUGCUGCUGGCGCGACCGUGAAUGAUCAGAGAAACGGAAGCCGCUUCACUCCUUUACUGAAUGCCUGCGCGCGUGGAAGCACUGACGCCGUCCGCUGCCUUCUUCGAUCGAAGGCAGACAAAGAGUUGGCGGAUGCCGCUGGAGUGACCCCUCUCUGGGCAGCUGCUGCUCGCGGCCAUGCGCCUAUCGUUCAGUGCCUCAUCGUUGCUGGGGUUCCUCUUGAGAUGGCUCCAUGCCUCGAAGCAGCCACGCGAGGACACUCCGAAGUUGUACAGCUUUUCAGAGAUGCCGGACUGCAGUGCGGGCAGUGCGUGACCUCGUCGUCUGAUCUGGACGCCCCGGAGGGCGAAGAACGCAGAAGCGAGAGCCAAGAUGGUCCAGAGCAGCCUUGCAAGCGCCGCAGACAAGCGCGCAAGACGCGCUGGGACGACGGUGACGCGGUGGCGCCGGUAGCAACACCACCGGCUCAAGCCUCUGCUGCCGAGCAGCUGCAGCUUGUCCUCGCGAAUGCCCUGGCUCCAAGCUGUCCAAGCAUGCCGGUGCCCAUCGAUAUGGGCACCGUGCCUACAAUGCCGAACAUGACGCCAAGUUCGAACCCAAACUUCGGGAUCAAUGCCCAAAGUGCCCAAUCGAGAGCCCGUGCUCCGUACAUGUGGCCACGCCAUGUGGAUGACUGGCGCUGGAGCAAGGGAUACGAGGCCACCUACUGCUUUGAAGAGGUGGGCCUUCCGCCUCAGAUUCGCCUUGUCCAGAUGGCAGCCUCGAGCCCGCUGAGACGUCGUGCACGGCGAGGGUUGCAUGGCCUCGCCACCUUGGCCGCAGUCGCAGUUGUCCUGGGGCCCUCACAAUCACAGAGCUUUGUGCCAGCUCCAGGGACCUCCCGCGGAUCUUCGCACAGCGCUGCCGGCAUCGCAGCCGCCUCUCUUUUGAUGCCAAGCGAAGCAUGGGCCAAAGGCGGCCAGUGGGGUCCUUUGGAAGGAAAAGCUUCAAGCCUCGUUCACCCGAUCAUCAUGGCCUCGUUGUUCUUUGUGACGCUGUACGCUGGCUUCCUCGGUUGGCAGUGGCGGCAAACUCGUGAGAUGGGUGUCGAGCUGAGCGGCUUGCGAAAGAAGCUCCCCAAGGAGGCACCAGAGGAAGAAUCUCCUGCUGUCACAGCCUUGAAGGAGCAGAUCAGCAAGUUGGACGCAGAGCGCAAGGAGAUGGUCCAGGCAGGCUACAAAGACAAGCACUACACUGUAAGCUCCAUUCUCCUUGGUGGUGGCGUCUUCUUCACGACCUACGGGGUCUUCAACACAUGGUUCCGUGCAGAGAAACUCUUCCCAGGACCCCACUUGUUCGCAGGGGCGGCAAUCGUUGUUCUCUGGGCGCUGGCGGCAGCCCUGGUGCCUUACAUGGAGAAAGGCAACGACGGUGCUCGCAAUGCCCACAUCGCACUCAAUGGCAUCAAUGUGCUGUUGUUUGCAUGGCAGCUGCCAACCGGCUUUGAAAUUGCACAAAAGGUGUGGGGACUUGCCAUCCCCUGGGUUUGA